AUGACCAAGGCCACGGAGACUUUCAUCGGCUGGGUCACGUCUAAGGCGUUUGCUCUGCGGGAGGCCAGAGACAAGAGGAGAGUUCUCGAGUACAACGACUUUCCUCACUGUGUCUCCGAGUACCCUGACCAACUUGAGUUCUGUACCGACCUCCUCCCUGAGAAGAAGCAGAAGUGGCAGCAUCUUGGCAUGGAUCCUCCUGCCAACCUUCCUGAGGAGACUCAGGCGCCCCCAGCCAAGAAACGAACUUCCACCGGAGCGAAGCCCUCCCCGAAGACGAAGGCGGACAAGUCAGGGCACGAGCCCAAGGAGCCCAAGGAGCCCAAGGAGCCCAAGCCCAAGAAGGCUUCAACUUCCAAGAGUUCAGGGGGGCAGCACAAGGUCAAGGGAUCGCCUCAAGUCCCUCAUGCUCAGGGCCAGUACUUCGUCCCCCAGGCCCCGGGCGGCCUCCCGUUGACCCAGGUGAUGGGCGCUCAGUUUGCGGGCAACAGCAGCUACAUGGAGGUGAAGGGGCAGCCUGGCAUGCUGGACUCGCAUGUGAGGGCUGGCGGAGGCUUCGAGCUGAGCUCCUUCCAAGCGGCGCAGCUCCCCGGCUUCUCCCUCCACAACCAUGGGGCAGUGCAGGAGCAGAUGGCGAGGAUGAUGCCGCAGGCCGACGUCUCCUCGUCCUUUUCCAACGGGUCAGCGCACGCCCUUCCGCAUGUGGCUGGUGGCAUGCAGGUCCCUGCCUUCGCUCUCCAGCAAGGAGCAGCGAGUUUCCCUGGGAUGAAAGUCCCGCCAGUCGGAACUCAGCAGGACGGUCAGGCGCGGAGCCUGCUGAUGCCGGAGCUCCCUCCCCUCCAACAGGCUAGGACCUCUUCCUCCUCCUCCUUCAUGGCGACUGACCCCUUGAGCAGCUCGAGAGCCUCCGUCAGCUGCAGGGGCUCCAGCGCAUGCACGAGCAGCAGGCCGCGGGUGAUGGCCAACAGCAGCACAUGUAGGAGAAAAGCGCAAGUCGUUCUCAGCCGUUGA